AUGGCAGCCUCGGAUCGUCAAGAACUCAUUCGAAAUGCUGUUUCCUUCUUGAACGACCCAAAGGCCCGUUCCUCACCUCUGGCUCAGAAACUUCAGUUUCUCGAAGCCAAGGGGUUGACCCCUGCUGAAAUUGACAUUGCUCUAAGGCAAUCUGCUGCGAACGUGUCAGCUCCACAACAAUACGCACCCUCGUAUGGUCAGCCUUAUGGAGUGGUUCCUCCACCUCAGCAGCGUUGGGACUGGAGAGACUACUUCGUCCAACAGAUUACUGCAGUGGUAUCCGGAACAGUAGUCUAUGGUGCUGUUUCAUUGUUCAAGAAAUACAUUCAGCCGCAUUUGCAACCCCCGAGCUCGACCGCGUAUGAACAAGACCGAGAUGCACUCAAUGCUCAGUUCGAUGCAGCAGAAGCCUUGUUAAAGGAGAUACAAGCAGAGACUGCUGCUGUCCGUGCUGCUGUUGCCGAGCAGAAGGAGAGGGUGGACCAAGCAACUGACAAUGUCAACGCGGCGGUGGCCGAGAUGCGGGAGGGUGAGGCAAAGACUCGUGACGAAAUCAGAGAGAUUCGUGACGAGGUUAAUACCAUUCGCGAAAUGCUUCCCAAGAUGAUUGAGAAGAACAAGGAAUCCCAGAACCAAUCCCUCGGUGAAUUGCAACAGGAGCUCAAGUCCCUCAAGGCACUCCUCCUCAGUCGUGGGCCCACCGUCGCCAGCACUCCCUCACCUCCUAUCCACUUUGGAAGGCCCUCAAUACCAGCCUGGCAAUUAGCCAGCACUCCCCAGGCAGAGACGCCGGCAGCUUCUAGUACUGCCCCUGCCCCUCAGUCACCGCUUUUAAAUCCCACCAAUUCCUCCAUUGUUCCGGAGAAACUCUCAAACCUUCAGCAUACAGACGAGGGAAACCCAGAGCCUUCAGAAACAAGUCAGGAACAAGUCAACAAAGCCAAACUUGCCUCAACCUCUGAAGAGAGGGCAUCCGAAUUGAAAUAUACAGCCGGAGAUGUCAGCAAAGACAACGAUUCCGAUACCCAAGUGGAAACAGACAAAAAGAAGACCUCACCAUCCAAUUCCGAGGAAGCAGGCGAAAGGCUGGGUGCUGAUGCAGACUCGCCACGGGCCAUCGCCCAGGCGGUCGACGGGGACAGCGCCUUCCCGCCAAAAGCGCCCAGUCCUGAGGCAACGAAGCCGACAGAGAAAGACUCGCCAUCUCCUGCAACGCCGUCCGACUUGCUGCCUCAGACAGAUUCGCCUGCUGAAUCUGAGCUACCCGAUGGGAGGCAUGACACUGUUUCUGUCCUCGCCGUUGCUACUUCGCCUUCGGUAGCCGAACCCAGCGAGUUGGUACCAACAAUCACCAAGGAGGGACCAGAGUUGAAAGGACCAGGGGUCGAAGAGCUUCAACAACGACUGAAGCAAGUUGAGCAAAGAUUCUCGGAUGUUUCAACGUCGUUCAAGCGCCUUCAGGCUGAAAAGAGGGCUGCAGAUGCCGUUCUGCGCGAACUUACGCCCCUCGAGAGUAUUCAAGAUAACGAAGGACUUGGUGAUUAUUUGAAGAAUGUACAAUCGAAGAUCUCGAUUUUCCAAGAGGAGAUUAAGAGAUUGAAUGCCAAGAUUGGUGACUACGAAGGCCAGUUAGAGGAUCUCCGGAAUACCCACCUUUCAGAAACCAAAUCCCAAUCCGACCAGAUUGAGAAACUCCGCGUCCAGCUUAAGGAGACCGAGGCCCUCUUCCAAGCCUCUGAAAAGGCUGUCACCCAAGUGGAGGAUAACAUUGCAUCCCACAAGUCGGAAACCGAUCAGCUGAACGCCCAGAUCGAGAAGUUGCGGACCCUGGCCAAGGAAGAGGAAGAGAAGCGAGUGAAGGCGAUCAGUCUUCUGAAGACAGUGCGGCAAAAGUUGGUCAAGACGGAGAAGGAGAGGGAUGAGGCACUGCAGCAGGCUGCGGCUUCCAAGGAUCUUGACAAGGAUGAACGGGACAAGGAAAGAGCGGAGCGAUUGAAAUUGCAGCACGAUCUAGAAGCGAUGCAGAUUGAGAAGGAGAAAACGGCAGCUGCGCAAAGGGCUCAGUAUGACCGGGAUUUGGCCUUGAUGAAGGAGCGGUAUGAGAAGGAAUUGUCUGCCGUUAAAGGCCAACUGGAGUUGGACAUCAUUACACUCAAGAGUUCACACUCAAAGGACAUCGCGGCCAAGAAUUCGCAGAUAUCGACAUUAGAGAAUUCCCUCAACAACGUCACACGGGAUAAGAACUCGUUUUUCGAGCAGCUGCAGAUAAAACAGGCCGAAACUGAAUCCGCUCAGGGCCACUUGGAGUCGCUCCAACUGCAGAAUACCGAGCUCGAGUUCCAGCUACGGGAGGCCAACGAUCGCCUAGCACUCUUGCGUGAGGAAUACGCUGAAUAUCAGCGCGAGCAAGAAGUUCGAGCACGAGAACCCGUCACUUCCGCCGACGACAUAGCACAAAUGAUCUCUGCGACCGAGUCAAGAUACGAAGUCAAACUAGCUGAGAUGAAACGUAGCGUGGAGGUGUUAGAGAGGGAGAGGGGCGAGAGCGAAGCUAAUUGGAGCCGUAAGUUAAAGGAGAAGGUGAAAGAGGUGGAGGACCUAAGUCGUCUUUUGGGUACUACUGCCAAGUCGAGAGAAGAGGACAUCGGGAUCGCCGACAAAUUAAGAGCAGACCUUGCUCGGUCGCAGGAAGAAAUCAGGUUGCUCAGGGAGCAAGUUGCGGAAGUGCCUGUACUGCAAGAUCGGAUUCAGGAAUUGAAGAGAAUAUCGAAGGAGCAGGAACAAGAGUCCCAUUUGAAGCAAUCGCUGGUGGAGAAGCAGAUCGAAGACUACAAGAGUCGAGAGAGCCAGUUGAAGCAGGCGAACAAGACUCUCAAAGAUGAACUGCGCAAAGUACAAACGUCAGCGGCGUUAUUGGAGCGUCAAAGGAACCCUGGGGUGGGCUAUUGGAAUAACCGUGCAGCUGCCGAGUCCGAAGGCUCCCAGCAAGCGUCGCCAACGAUUGGCACUUCGUCUCGCGUCAGUUCUCCUGCUCCUGGUUCUGCCAAGCAAGAAGAAGAGGUCAACCUCGAGUAUCUUCGAAACGUGAUCCUGCAGUUCUUGGAGCAUAAAGAAAUGAGACCGAACCUCGUCAAGGUUAUUUCAAUAAUCUUGCAUUUUACUCCUCAGGAAACACGUCGCUUGAUGGCUAAGGUGUAA